AUGCCCUCAAUUCUCUCCGACGCCGACAAGGAGACCGUCAAGCGCACCGUCCCCAAAGCGUCAAACAAGAUCCAGGCUGUUGCCGUUGCUCGACUCUACGUGGCCUAUCCAAAUCGCAACCGAUGGACGUACACAGGUCUCCAGGGGGCUGCGGUUCUCUCCAACGACCUCGUUGGGAACACGUUCUGGAUUAAAAUGGUCGACAUCUCACCUGCGAACAGAGGGGUGAUAUGGGAUCAAGAAAUCUAUGACACUUUCCAAUACAACCAAGAUCGGACCUUCUUCCACUCGUUUGAGUUGGAACAAUGCAUGGCAGGUUUAUCCUUCGUUGACGAGAAGGAGGCCCGGCAGUUCAAGAAGAAGAUGGAUGAGCGGGAGAAGAAUGCCAGCAAACACACUAAGGCCCAACCUUUUGCUUCCGCUGCUGGCGGAGGCCAGGUUUUUGUUCCUGGUGGUGGGCAAAAACAUCACAGCAGAAUGGGUGCCUUCUUUCGUCACAGGCACAGCUCCAAUCCUGUCCAGACGCCGCAGCCGCAAGCGACUGCUCCUCAGCCCAUCUACAGCCCGGUCUCUUCAACACGCUCUCACAGUAGCGCAGGGGGCAUUGAUUUGGCUGAUCCGACAUGGAGGCCAAUCCUAGAUGAAUUGCUUGCCAUGGGUAUCACGGAGGACCAAAUCGAACAGAAUGCCGAUUUCAUCAAAGGUUACGUCCAGCAGAAGCAGGCGGAGGAAUUGGCGAAUGGUAUCGCCCGGGCUCUGCCCACGGUUUCUGACGCAAGGUCGAGGGCUCCUCCUCCACCGCCUCCUUCGGCACCCCCAGCAUCGAGAAUCAGUCCCCAAAGUACAGGUACCGCAAGUUCGUCAAGCCGACGAGGUCCUCCGCCAGCUCCACCGCCGUCGCGAAGACCAGCGGGUGGAAGAGCAUCCUCACCACCACCGAGUUCUCCCCCAAGGACACCGUCACCCGCGCCUAGCCCGCAACCAAGAUUCCGGGCUCCUCCACCCAUUGCAGACGCAGGCAAAUAUGCUGUUAAAGAAGGCCCUGCAGUCCAUCCUUCUGGCCGCACCCGAGCCGCUUCAGGCUCGCUAGCAAAUCCUGGUCCGCCGCCUCCGCCUCGUCCUCCAAAGGCGCCCAUCGAGGAGGAGCCUUCCGGCAUGUUUAGGGUGCCUCCUCCAUUCACCGGGGAGCGGAAAUCGUCAGCUCCUCCUCCCCCGCCCAGUCGCGGACCAGUGCCACCACCUCCUCCAAGCCGGGAAACGCCUACACCGUCUGGCCAUAUUAUACCGCCGCCAUUGCCGCCCAAAGCAGCAGCAGCACCAUCUCACCCUGCGGCUUCUGCGGCCAUUCCACCUCCUCCACCCCCGCCACCCCCGGGGCGGAAUAAUGCGCCCCCUCUACCACCUCCCAACGCCCGUGCAGUUCCUCCUCCACCUACCGGAGCAGGUCCACCACCACCGCCUCCUCCACCUCCUCCGAUGCCCUCCUCCGCAGGGCCACCGCCGCCACCGCCCCUUCCUGCAUCAUCUGGACCACCUCCUCCCCCUCCUAUGCCUGCCUCAGGCUCUGGGUCGACGGCACCUCCGCUGCCCCCAGUAGGAGGUGAUACACGAGACUCACUUCUUGCCGCUAUUCGCAACACAGGAGGGACAUCCAGCGGUCGCCUGCGCAGAGUUAGUUCCAGCGAAAGACGAGACCGUUCAGCCGCGAUGGUGCCGGGAACAGAAUCUGGGGCUGCUGCUCCGUCUGGUGCGCCAGGAACGCCUGCUGCAGCUUCGGAUGGGGGCGGACUUGCCAACGCGCUUGCGGCAGCUCUCAGUCAGCGGAAGAAGAAAGUCAGUGGCAGUGAUGACGAAAAGGACGAUGAUGAUGAUUGGUGA